AUUCUCCGCCGCCGUCGUUCUGGUGGCACACUCGCCAGCAAUCCAGCGUCCGCAGUGCCCGCCGUUGCCAGGGUGGCACCCAUAACGACAACGACCACCGCAGCGGGAGCGCUCUCCGUGCGCACCGGGGCUUCCAACUCAGCCCCCACGGCGACAUCGUUGGCUCCGCGCCAUCGUAUUCGUCUCGUCCCGCACCUCGACACUCGGCGCUCCUUGCGCUUCGAGCCGAUCACGCGCUACGUCGCAGAGGGGGAUGCCCCGCUCCGCAUCGGGCGCUUUACCGAUCGCACCGGGCUGGGGGUGGCGGCCGCGAACGCGCUCGGGACGAACAAGCUUGCCUUCAAGUCCAAAGUUGUCUCUCGCUCCCAUGCCGAGCUGUGGUGCGAUCCUGGAGGCAAGUUCCAAAUCAAAGAUACCAAGUCCUCGUCCGGUACUUUCCUCAAUCAUAUUCGACUCUCUGCCGCCAGCCACGAGUCGACUCCUUUCGAGCUGAAGGAUGGGGACACAUUGCAGCUAGGUGUGGAUUAUCAAGGGGGGACAGAAGAUAUCUACAAGUGUGUCAGGAUCCGAGUCGAGAUUGGGAGGGAAUGGCAAGCCGCAGCAAACGCCUUCAACACAAAUGCCUUGAAGCAGCUGAAAGCCCUCGCCGAGCCUGCAUCGAAGGGCAAAAAGGCCAUACCCAACUCGGGCUUCGCUGAUUGCUGUAUAUGUCUAUUCGCCGUCACGAUCCGACAAGCUCUCUUCAUCGCGCCCUGCUCGCACGCCUUCCAUUACAAAUGCAUCCGCCCGCUGAUCGAGUCGCACCACCCCGCGUUCUGCUGCCCGCUCUGCCGCACGUUCGCGGACCUCGCCGAGGACGUCGAGGUGGACGCACUGUCGAUCGACCUGGACCUAGAAGCCGUGGCACAAAUGCAGGAGGCGCAUGAUGCGGAGAUGGGCACUCCCGCGGUGGCGAAUCGGGACCGCGACGACGCCAUGAAUGGGCCUGGGGCAGAGACCGAAGUGGAGUACGACGGCACCGUCGGACUGAGGGGCCGGCGGCCGCGGGCUGGCGCGGGCAUCUCGGACCUGCCGAUGUCGGGGGCGGUGGUGGACUUGACGGAGGACGACGACGCCGAGAUGGAGGACGCUGAGCAC